AUGCAAGCAAUCAUUGUCUUCACCGCUCUUUUGGCAACCGCCAUCGCAGCUCCAUACAACCUGGAGUACAACGCGUAUGUGCCAUUGUCAAAGUCGACCCUCACUUCAAGCAGUCACGCCGUCGACCACGGAAGUACUCAUGUGUUGCACGCGCCAGUACUCGCUCACGAAGUGGAGUACCACGUGCCCUCAUCUAAGUCCACUCUGACCAAGAGUAGCCAGGUGGUAAACCAUGGAUCGACCACUGUUUACCACGCACCAGUAUCCCACGCUGUGAUCGCGCCAGUGUCCCACGCUGUGGUAGCCCACGCUCCUGUCUCUCACGCUAUACUAUCCCACGCUCCAGUCUACUCACUGAGCUCCAACGUACAGUACUACAAAUCUCCAGACUCCGCGAUCACUCAUCAAAGUUCUUCCACCUACAACUCAGAACCUUUGUACGCUUUCCAC